AUGACAGGAGACGAAGAAGACAGUGGUAUUACCAAAGAGACUCCCAAUUACAGUCCAGAUCGAAAACAGCUAUCGAACAAGAUAGAGUCUACUUCCUCAGAUGAAAUAGUGUUAAAAGAAAAUACAAGCACCCGAACGCUCACGGGAAUUAACAAGGCUAUAAAGGCUUUGGGUAAUACUGCUCUCAAUUUAAAUCCAACGAAUAAAUCCCUGUUAGAAGACACACCUGAGGGAAAUCGAGAUCUCGAGAUUAGACGAAGAAUUGAUAUCCAAUCAAAGACUGAUGUAUUGCAACGAUUUCAGGAGAAAGACUUGAAUAUCGAAGUGGAAUUACCGUUUGAUUUGACUCAAACUAAAGGUAUUCUUUUGAAUAACAAUGACACAUAUCAACCUGAAUUAUUAGACACGCCAUUAAAGAAUAAGAUAUCGAUUCGCUCACUUAGGAAUGCUAAAGGUGAAGUGAAGGCAGCUUCAGAACCGAUCAGCUUGAUUGAAAAUAUCAACUCGUCCCCAGAGGGGCAUCCACAACCAUUUAUAAUGACACUGAAGGAUGCAGAUAAUGGUAAUAUCUUGGGUGAUAUUGACACUCAAAAUGUAACUCAAACAUCUAAUGAAAUGUUAGUACCUGCAACGAAUUCAGCUAAUGUAAGUCAAACACAAGAAAUCAGGUCUACAUUGGCCGAUGAAAAGAUGACUCAGCUAAUUAGAACUCAGUCUAAUAACCUCGAUGUCUCAGAGAGCUUAUUGAAACUAGAUGAACAGUCUGCACUUCAAGAGACAUCAAUAGUGCAUACAUCUCCAAUCAAUUUUGGCUCAUUUCAUCACAGUCUUCUUCCUUCUACCAGAACUAUAUUGACACAAAAGGAAACAGGUUCUAAUUUCAACGAAGAAAUCCAGUUGGUUCAUUCUCCAGCGGUCGUUAAUCUCCGACCCAUGCAGCAGGCCUCCAAUAAAUCACCUUCAACAGUAUUUAGUGAAGAAGAAAGAGAAGAAGAAAAAGAAGAUCAGGAAGUAGCCAAAUGUCACUCGUCUAUUGAGAUGAACAAUGAAUCUUCUCAGAAGGAACAAACAGAUGAAAACUCGAGUGAAAUGAAGUUUAAACUCACAUAUUAUGUCAAACCAUCCAGUCAGAUAUCCGACGAGGAUGAACAAAUUGGGGGUGUCCGGAAUGAUGCUACCGAUUUGAACCAACGUAAACACAAUGAACAUAAUCCUACGAAUGAUGUCUCAAGAGAGCUCUCGAGACUGGAUACAGAUCAGGAAUAUGAACAAACUCAGGAACUACCUGAAAUUUUCGAACGCAAUGAGUGCAAGCACAAACCGUCAUUUGAGUCACAAGAACAACUUAAUGUAUCCAAGAAACGGAAAAACAAGCAGCUAAUAUUAGAAGAAGAAUUUGAAGAUAGUAGUACACCAAGUAAAAUGACACAAUUUACAGCUUUCACUGAAGGUGUCUACCUGCCGAAAGAACUUCGUAUAUCAGAUGAAAUGCAGUUGACUAAAAAAGAUGUUUUAUUCAAUAAUGCGGUCUGGUAUUAUUUUAAUGAUUGCAAUUUUUAUCCUGGUAAGAUACUUUCCGAACAGCGUACGAAGCCUGGGUAUUGCUCCGUUCUUUUCGAGAAACGUCAAAAUGAUGUUAGGGUGGAAGACAUUUACUAUUUAGAUAUUAGAUGUGGAGAUAAAGUCCACUGGAAGAUGAAUGAAUAUCAAGUCGUAGCUUUAGAUUGCCAGAUCCCACAAAAAGAAGAUGUCAUUCGAUGCAUUAGAGGAUAUGAUACGGUGCAUUUAAGAAAGGUACUGAGAAACGGAAGACUCAGCAAGAAUGAUAUUGUAGAUACCAUUGCAUCCAUAUACGUUACCACCGGGGAGUGGAUCAAACGAACCAAAAUAAAACUGGAAGAUGAAGACAAUGAUCCUUUGGAUGAAUUGAGACGUUCUGUUAGAAGUCGAUCAGUGAGGGAUUCUAUUUCUCCUAUGAAGAAAACCGCUCAAGAUUAUAACAAGUCAACUUCAGAGAUUUUCAGAGACACUUUCUAUGAUACUACUAUAAUGAGUGGAUUAGAAGGACAGGGAGGUUCUGUUUUCGAAAAGUGCAUCUUUGUAUUGAGUGGACUUAAUGAUAUGGAUAGAAAAAGGUUAUCUUAUCUAAUCGAGAUACAAGGAGGAUAUGUCUCCAGCGUAGGGUUUGAAAGUCUGUUAAGAUAUGAAGACAGAUCAAGAGAGUUUAGUUGGAACAAUCCACGUUUUAACAGUUACCGUUUUGGUUGUCUUAUUGCGGGAAACUUUUCAAGAAGUCCGAAGUAUUUAGAAGCAUUGGCUUUGGGAUGGCCUGUACUACAUUGGAGGUUUAUUGAGUCAUGCAUAAACAAAGGUUAUAUCUCGACUCAAACGAUACUACAAAAUCUUUUGCCGAGCGGAGAAAGUAACAGGUUGAUGGCUGACUUCAAUCUAGGUAUUAUCAAAUCAAGCAAUGUUUUUAGUUUCCUGACAAACUUCAAUAGCAGUUUGACUUUAGAUGCACAACUAAACAAUGCCAGAGUAGUUUUGGAAGAUUACUCGAUAUUGAUUUUAGGAGACUCCGAUAUGAAUUUUUUCGUGGACUUCAUUUUCCAGGUGUUUAAAGUUGGUCAUUGGGAAUACACGAAAAACUUGAAGUUGAAACCACAGCAAGAGUUGGACGAUGAUCUGUUCGACCAACUUGUAGAAUUUCGGCAUAAUUACCACAGUAAGAAGAUGAUACUUUUCAUCAACGAGACGUCUUUGCAGAACUCAUCCGACUGGGAAAAUAGCAUUUCUAAAAGGUUCCUGAUGGAGGGUAUAAAUGAUUUUAGGAUCAAAAAUAAGGAAUGGCUGGUUCAGACCGUAAUUAAUGAAGAGGCGUAA